AUGGCCUCCAGCUACAUGUGCUCAGCCUGCUCACGCGCCCUACGCAGGUCCUCUACACCUCUAUUGCAGCAAUCGAACAAAUUAUCUCUCCGCCAAGCGCAUCGAACUUUCUCCACAACCACGCCAACCCUCUACCAUGUGUCACACGCCCAGUCGGCAGAUGUCAGACCAGAAGCAAUUAAGAAGCCGCAUCCGAGCGUGGCAUCAGGAGUAACUGGACUGGCUCAGAAGUUGCGUGAAAAGGCCCCGCUCAUGACCGAGACCUACGUCGCAUACGGCGCAACAAGAGACCUGAUCAAGGAAUGCACCAAGCCGGGCGAGUACAAAAUACCGCAGGCUCUGCUGAAAGGGGGCGAGAUCCCCGUCGACGACAAUGGCGUGCACCUGGGAGAGGGCGAGGGUUGGUGGUAUGACACCCUCGGACUGAAGCCAACCUUCUCCAACUGGGCGCAAAUCACCUUUAUCCACAUGUACAUGCUGCAAGUCCGCUUCCGCAUGUUUCCCCAAACACAUGCUCCUGUGUGGAUCCAACAUCUCACCAACCAUGCCUUUUACGCCGCCGAAGACCGUCUCGUAGUAUGGCACAAGUUCAAUGCCAAUUCCCUGCGCCAAAAGUACCUCAAAGACAUGUUUUCCCAAUGGCGCGCAGUGCUCCUGUCAUAUGAUGAGGGUCUGGUCAAGGGCGACGCCAUGCUUGCCGCUGCCAUUUGGAGAAAUCUACUCGGUGCCAAAGAGGACGUGGACUUUGAGAAGCUGGCCCAGAUUGUAGGAUACAUGCGGAGAGAACUGAAGAGGCUGGACAAUGCCACUGAUGACGAUGUGGCGAAUGGGCAGUGGAAGUUCCGCGGCAGUCCUGGAGACGAAGCAGGUCUCGUAAAAUCACCAAGUAGGCUGAUGGCGACCGAGACGGCCAAAGCUUGA